AUGGUGAACUGGACCAAUAUCUUGGACUUGUUCAACCAUAAGGUCUUCAGUUGCUUCCUACUGACUUUUGAUACCUGCUUUCCCAGCAAGUGCAGUGAAUGCAUACAGUUGCCUCUUCUUGAUAUUCCUUCGUGUUCGUGGUUGUAUUUUUCUUCCACUUAGUUUGCAGAUGUUCUUCCAGCUGUAGGAUGUGGAAGUUCACUGAUCUUUUUAUGUUGUGUGUUGAUUCUAAGAUCUUUAGCUUUUCAGUUACUUGUAUAACUUACCCGAGUUAGUCUUGCCAACAGGAAGUUGUAGCUGUUGGUGGGAAGAACACUAGUUUAAAAAUGGGCCUUAAGGCUACCGACAAGCAGAAUGAAAGCCUUCGCAGCACUGCAACAUCUCUUGGAAAGGGUAAACAAAGUAAAUUAAGCUCAUCCGGAUUAAAUGUUAAAAUGGGUAGAGGCAGAGCUGCAAGAGGUCAGAAGGUUGAACAGUUGGUUAAAGGGGAAGGUGAAAUGUCAGACAAUGAUGAAGUUUAUGAGCAGUUUAAAGAGGUGAAAUGGAUGAAAUGGUGCGAAUAUGUAAUGAUGGAUGAGGAAAAGACGCUUAAGCGUCUUCAAAGAUUGCAGACUACUACUGCUGAUCUCCCGAAGGACAAGGUAUUAGCCAAAAUACGGAACUACCUGCAGCUUCUUGAUCGCAGGAUUGAUCAAGUAGUUCUCGACUAUGAGAAGGAACCACAUAAGCAAGAAAUAUAUGAGUGUGGAAAUGGAACUAUGCUUUCUCUCUUAAUUUCUCUCCGCCUAAACACAUCCAGUUAA